AUGGGCGGCACCGAGUCGAACGAGGACGGGUCCAAGACCGUGGUUUCCACGGCCAAGGACGGCACCACGACGGCGGUCACGACCAGCGCCGACGGCUGCACCGUCACUACGGUGGUCACCAAGCCCGACGGCUCGACGGAGACCACCACGGAGAUCGUCACCACUACGGAGACCGAGGUGGACGUGACGCAGCAGCAGCAGGGUGCGAGCCCCACGGCGGCGGCGGCGGCCCGUGCCGUGGCGGACUUCGAGAGCGUGAGCGAGGAGAAGAGGACGGCGCAGAGCCUCGCGGAGCUCGCGUGGCACGCCUGGAGCGCGAGCGCCACGGCGACCGCCAUGGGCGUCAAGGAGGCGACGGCCGAGAGGCUGCGCGAGCUGAACACCAGCUCGGGCAGGAAGAAGGAGGACUUCAAGAGGUGGCUGCCCGACUUCUUGACGUAUGUGACGAGCCACGGCCGCCGCUUCGAGACGGUGACCGCGGUGGAGCUGUUCAUUUUUGCGCGUGCGUUUUGUCGUUUCCAUGUGCUCAAGUACGAGGUGGACCAAGAAGAAGAAAAACAAAAAAGCCUGGCGGAGCGUGCGCUGGCCCUCGCGGGGCGCCGCUCCAAGGAGCGCAAGGUGGCGUGGGAGCUCGCCCGCGCCUUCACGCUGUACUACCCCGAUUUCCCGAUCGGGCGCCGAGGCUUGCGCUUCAGCAAGACCAACGCGGUGCUCAUGGACCAGGCGCACGUGGAGAGCGAGUCGUCGUUUGACUUCAUCUCGCUGAAUCGUCGUUUGUCAAAGUGGCUUCAGAAGGUCAUCGUGAUUUCGCUGUUGCGUGACCCGUCCGAGGACUGCACCCGUGCAGCGAAUGUCAUUGUGCUGUGCGAUGGUGAGGUUGUGCGUAGCGGCUCAUGGAGUGAGAUCAUCAAGUACGUCCAGGAGCUAGGUGUUCGUUGCCCAUCCCAGAAGGAUGUGGCUAUGUGUUUGAGUGACAAGAAGGCCACAGCCGCGCUCUUCGACCAAAGCGACUCGACGACGACGUCAACCACGGUUGUUAGACUCGCUGACGAGGUUGUGAUCAUGUCCGGCUCGCCUAUUGUCCACAAUGUGGCUUCUUCGAAGCAGCAUGGUGCGGCGGAGAAAUCUUCACUUGGAGCCUUCAUGUACGAGAUCCAAUCGGGCGAUAGCAGCUCCGAUGAAAGCGACGAUGAACAAGGUUUUGACGCGGGUGAAUGGCUUAUGUCCUGGUUCCAGCAGCGUACCCACAGCCCGCCCCCACACGGCAACGUGAAAACAGAGGUGUUCCGCUCGGAGGAAGCCGACGGCAGCAUCGUGACCAAGACGGUGCGCACGACCACGCGCACGGAGACUUCGCCCGCCGGUGAGCUCGUGACGACGAUCGAGGUGGAGACGACGACGGAGACGGAGACCAAGGGCGGCGCCAAGAGCACGACCGUGGAGACGGAGACGACGGCGGAGACCGCCACGGAGACGGCCGCGACGACACGGAGGUGUUCCGCUCGGAGGAAGCCGACGGCAGCAUCGUGA